AUCUGCAUGCAAAGCAAGUGAUCUCCCCCGAGUCCUUUCCCUCCUCAUUUGGUUUUCUCCUCUUUUCUCCAAGGUUUGCUUUGGCCUGAGAAUGAACAAGCAGAAGAAGGCAGCAUAUGUUGAGCAGACCACAACCCUUGACAAGUUUGGUUCUGAUAUCAUUGCUGAAAUUGAGAAGCUCUUUGGGAAGAAGUUCUCGUACAUCAAACCACCUAACAAUGAAUGGCAGCUGCCAGAUCCUAACCAGACUUUUAGCUGCGAUCACAAAGAGUUCAGUUCCCUUGCCUCCUUGAAGGAUUCCCUGAAUGAAGUCAAGAACCAGCUGAGCGACAAGAAAUUAGAUGAGUGGCAUCAGCACACAUCCUUCACCAACAAAGCAGGGAAGAUCAUUGCUCACAUCAAGCAAGCCGUAAAUGCUGAGUUGUGUACCCAAGCUUGGUGCAAAUUCCAUGAGAUCCUGGGCAGCUUCCCUCUCCUCCCAAGCGAUGCUCUUCAAAAUGGGGAACUCAACUCUGUCCAUCUCUGUGAGGCUCCUGGCGCCUUCAUAGCCAGCCUCAAUCAUUACCUCAAGUCUCACCGCAUCCCUUGUGACUGGAAUUGGGUAGCUAAUACCUUGAACCCCUACCAUGAAGCAAACGAUACCCUUAUGAUGAUUAUGGAUGACAGGCUUAUCGCAAACACUCUGCCCUGGUGGUAUUUUGGCCCUGAGAACACGGGGGAUGUGAUGACACUCAAACAUCUCACGGGACUUCAGCAGUUCAUCAGCAACAUGGCCACCGUUCACCUGGUCACAUCCGACGGGAGCUUUGAUUGCCAAGGAAAUCCAGGCGAGCAAGAAGCCCUGGUUUCCUCUUUGCAUUACUGCGAAACGGUCACUGCUUUAAUGACCCUUGGCCUCGGGGGCUCCUUCGUUCUGAAGAUGUUCACUCUGUUUGAACAUUGUUCCGUUAGCUUGCUGUAUCUGCUGAACUGCUCUUUCGAAGAGGUUCACGUGUUUAAACCAGCCACUAGUAAAGCUGGGAACUCUGAGGUGUAUGUGGUCUGCCUUCACUAUUUGGGCAGGGAGGCCAUUCACUUGCUCUUGUCCAAGAUGAUGCAGAACUUUGGGACGGACAUGGUCGAGAAGGCCCUCUUCCCCCAACACUCCAUUCCAGAAUCUUUCCUUAAAGUCCACGAAGAGUGCUGUUCGUUCUUCCACAGGCACCAAAUUGAGACCAUUGCUGAGAACCUCCGACUCUUUGAGCGCAUGGGCGAGGUGGAGCAGGCGAGGCUGAACGCUUUACGGGAUUGCGCCGUCGCGUUCUUCUUGAACCGGUUCCAGGUGAAGCCUAUCGCCAGAAAUAACUGGCUUGUGAAGAAGCCCCGUGCGGGCUGUGGCAUGAACUCCAAGUGGUGCGGGCAGAGGAACAAAUACUUUUGCACGUACAAUGAGAGGAAGAUUCUGGAGUCUCUGACGUGGGAGGAGAAAGUGGCCAAGGGCUGUCUUAAUCAAUGGGCUGAAGAACAUUCCCUCGGUAACGUCGGGAAAAAUUGCAUCUUGGAAGGGGCUUCUUGCAGCCUGGAGUGUCAGUUAUGGUACAUCUUGGAGGGGCGGAGGUUGCCGAGAGUGAAGUGUUCUCCCUUCUGUAAUGGUGAGGUCCUGAAGAGCCUCAAUGAAGCUCUUGAGAAAUCUUUCGUUGGCAGGGCAAGCGUUGGCACCCUCAGAAGCCUGGCACAGCAAGAGUGCCAAUCUUGCAAUGUUCUUACGGAGUCACUGAUAUUGUCUGAAUUGUCUGAACUGAUGGAGGUUCCAAAUGAAGGUUGCAUUGGCCAAAGAAAGUGCUUGACUGUAGGCUUCCCAUUGCUUUGUGAUGCCAACAGCCCAUCUGGCUUGGAAGUUAAAUGCUUGGAGCCUGCAUCACUCUCAACGUUCGGCUGCUCGUUGCUUCACGACGGGGAACCCAAAUACCAGCAGCAGCUCCUGGAGUGCCUUUUGCGUUCGUUCCCAGAGCUUCAGGAAGGGGACGCUUUGCUCCUGCCCAUUCUUUCUUGUUUUACACGCUUCACUGCUGGCUUAGUUUUCAUACUGCACAGUUGUUUCCAGCACAUCUCAUUUGCUUGCCCAACCUCGUCUCAUCUCUUAGGGGCCAGCGCUGUACUGCUUUGUGCUGGCUACCAAGGUCUUCCAGAUCCGGUUUUCCAAUACCUGCAGCAGCUGAAGAAGCUCAUGGGUGUACUGCUUGACUCGGACUCCCCGCAGCAAGUCUUGCAGUUUGUGCCUAUGGAAAACCUUCUAAAGGGGCAGUUGCUGGAGUUUCUGUGGGACCUAAAUACCGCCAUUGCAAAGAGACAGCUGCAUUUGAUUGUCCAAAUCGAGCAACAGCAAAUGACAUGAUUUUUAGUUCAAAGCAGCAAGUUGCCACCCCCUUUUUCACCUAUCUGCUGGGGGGAAAAUGUUUCUUUUUAAACCAUAGUGAACCCUUUUUAAAUAUAUGAUAUU